GUGGUUUGAGUAUCCAAACGCGCGUUUCUAAGUUUUCCGACAGGAGGAGAAAACUGGACCGUCAUCGCCAAAACUCGCCCGACUGUAACCGCCGCGUUUCUGUUCUCCUAUCAAGCUUAUGUCUGGAUUCUCAGAUCAACUACUGUUCCUCCUCCUUCUCGUUUCUGUCUCCUUAUCGCCGCCAGUCAGGUGUUUAGGUAAUGGAGGAAAUGGAGGAAAUGGUAAAGAGAGAACAUUGGCUAUGAUAAAACCAGAUGGAGUCUCUGGUAACUACACUGAAGAAAUCAAAAGGAUCAUUGUCGAGGCCAGUUUCGAUAUCGCCAAGGAGAUGCUUACUCAGCUGGACAAGGAGACUGCGUCUGCGUUUUACGACGAGCACUCGUCAAGGAGCUUUUUUCCUGAUCUUGUUACAUAUAUGACAAGUGGUCCGGUGUUGGUGAUGAUACUGGAGAAGACGAACGCUGUUUCUGAUUGGCGUGGUUUGAUCGGCCCAACUGAUGCGCAAAAGGCUAAGAUAUCUCACCCUCACAGCAUCAGAGCAUUAUGUGGUACGGACCUGCAAAGAAACUGUGUGCACGGCUCAGAUUCAAGAUCAUCAGCUGAGCGAGAGAUCAAGUUUUUUUUCGAGGAUGUAGUUUCAGGUGACAUUGCUUCUCAACAUGAUGAACUAUAAGAAAAACCGAUACAGGUUCUUCAAACUCAUGUAUGUUUCAUUACUUCAGCUUUGGAUUGUAAUCUUGUAACUGUUGGUUGAUUGGUUAUAAUUUGGAUUGAACUUUUUAACUUUUGCCAUAAGCAAAUUAUUUAGACUAGGCAAGGGAAUUUAUCCUUAGUUGUAUCAACAUAUUUUGGGACGAGAGCUAUUAUAUC